AUGUAUCCUAAUGUAUGUGUUUCACAUUUUAAAUACACAAUAGUCUCCGCCAAAUAGAAAAAUCGAUAUAUUUAAUGAUUCAUCAUCGAUAGAUAACUGCUAAUCGAUAGAUAACUCUCGCAAAUUCAUCGUCAAAUAGUAUCGUUUCUGCACGACACGACAAUUUCUUAUGCCUACUCGAAUUAUUUGGAAAUUCCUUAAGUCAGGUGACCAAAUCUGGGAAUUACCGGUACGCUUAGCACAAGUAAUGUAGCUUUGGUCUAUCUCGCUUUGUGAAUAUUAACCGACAUCACUAAGCGUUAAUAAAAUCGUUAAAUCGACAAAAAGAUUUUGCUAUAUUUGUGCAAAUAUAGUUCAAGACGAAGACGCUUGCUUUAAAUUUUUUUUUAUGACCUGCGCAAAUAAGUUUGCUUAGUGUGCGUCAAACUUCGAGCAUCCUGUCACUUUCUUGCUGCAUGUACAUAUGUUUGUUUAAUUUAAUGUAGAGCCCCGAGAUGCAUCUUUGUAUGCAUGCUGGUGUAUAUUGCUGUCUCGCUCGCACUAGUUGAACAGGACCCAAGAAAAGCUCGAUACACAUCUGUUUGAAUGCAUAUUGCAAAAAUGCCUCCUUUCCUGCGACAGUAAGAAGAAUAGAACCGAUUUUAGUUGACAAAGAGCCACGCAAAGAAGUGGUUGACAUUGAGCGAUUUAUCUGACGAACGAACAAUAAGAACGCAAUGAACAAUAAAAAGCGAAGUGGUGUCAAGUGCAUUGUUAAGUCGUGCAGGCGCAGCUACAGGAAAGGCUCUUCGGUGAAAAUGUUUCGGUUUCCCAAAAAGGAGAGCCUUCGCCGUCAAUGGAUGGAAAAAUGUGGCUUGCCCCACGAUUUUAAGAAGCGUGCGUUCAUUUGCGAUUCACACUUUGAAAAGGAGUCCAUCGGCAAAAGGUUCUUAAAAUCGAAUGUAGUCCCCACCCUGAAUUUGUUUGACCCUUCAGAAGCGAAUAUAGUCACUUCUGAGGAACUGGGCGGAAUCACAAUUUGUAAAGAUGACGACACACUCGAAGAUAUUUCGAUUUGCAGAAGCUUCGUGGACGCAACACCAAAUGGGGAAGUAUGCCGUGCCUGCAUGACCAGCUCAGUGGCACUUGUGGAUAUCUUUGACGAUCAGAGGCAGCCCAGUCUGGCGGAUAUGCUAAACGAGUGUGUGACCUCCAUCGCAGUCAAACGAAAUGAUGAGCUGCCGCAGAAAAUGUGCCUCUCGUGCUUUUGUGAUCUACAAACGGCAUUUGAUUUCCAGCACAGGUUUAAGGAAAGCCAUCAGGUGUUAAACAAAAAGCUAAAUGAAAUUAAGGUGGAAUCCGCAAUAGAUAUAGAAAUGCCAGAGGAGGACAUGGACAUAGCUCGGCUCAGGAUGGAAAUAGACGAAUUGUCGAGCAGUGGGGAUAAAUUGUCAGAGGAUCAAAUGGAAUUCAUGCCUGAAGAUGAGUGCAAACCAAAUACACCCAUAAGUACUUUCAGUUCUCGGAACGUUAAAACUACACGAGACAAUGAAAUAGGCUGCAGCAAAAAUGUAAAGGAUAAAGAGGAUAACAUUAAGGACCUACAAACUGAACGAAGCUCAAAGAACUACGAAGAAUGCACCGUGGAGCGCCACGAAACUUGCAAUCCUCUGGCUGUUGACGAACCUGGAAUAGAUACUAAAAAAAUGAAUAGAUACUCUUGCCCACAAUGCCGAAAAGCCUGUACGUGUAAAUCUACCCUCAAACUUCACCUUCGUUCGCAUACGGACGAACGCCCGUAUAAGUGUCCACACUGUCCCAAAGCCUAUAAACAAUUCACGGGCUUGCUUUCACACAUCUAUACUCAUGGAGGUAAAACUGCCUUCAAGUGUCCUUACUGCAGAAAAUACUUUUUAGAGAAAGCCAAGCUCGAUGAGCACGCGCGCUAUCACAUUGGGUACCGGGCAUACAAAUGUCCACACUGUCCAAAAAUCUGUACGGCUUUUGUGUAUCUCGAAAAGCACAUUCGAACCCAUUACGGAGAGAACAGCGAAGUGUGCAAUCCCACUGUUGUUAACAAACCUAGAAUAGAAACUAAAAAUGGCAAAUUUAUAUGCCCACAUUGCCCGAAAGCGUAUACGCUUAAAUCCUCCCUUAGAAAUCACCUUUGUACGCAUUCGGAUAAACGAUUAUUUAAGUGUCCACAUUGCCCAAAAAAAUAUAAAAUGUCCUGGAAUCUACGCAUACACAUCCUUACUCAUGAAGGGAAAACUGCCCUUAAGUGUCCGCAUUGCAGAAAAUACUUUUUAGAGAAGGCCAAGCUCGAUGAACACACGCGAUAUCAUAUUGGGCACCGGGCUUACAAAUGUCCACACUGUUCAAAAAUCUAUACUCAUCCAUCAUUUUUUAAAGACCACAUUGCAACUCAUCCCACAGAUAACAGUGAGGUAAAUGUCCAGUCUGAAAGUGUUGAAGUAGAAAACUCGGAGCUGGCCGAGCAAGACAAUGAAGUGGGCUGCAGCAAAGCAGCAAAGGAUAAAGCAAAUAACAUUAAGAAACAACAAAUUAAACUAAGCUCAAAGAGAUCCAAAGAAUGCAACGUGGAGCGCAAAUCUCUUGCUGUUCACGAGUCUGAAAUUGAUGCUAAAAAGAAACAAUUUGAAUGCUCGCAAUGCCCGAAAACCUAUAAGAAUAAAUCUUCGCUCAAAAUGCAUAUGCGUACGCAUUCGGACGAACCACCGCUUCAGUGUCCACACUGUCCCAAAACCUUUAAAAAGUCCGCGAAUCUGCGCACACACAUCUUUACGCAUGCAGGUGAGACUCCAUUAAAGUGUCUUUACUGCAGAAAAUACUUUUUAGAGAAAGCCGAACACGAUGAACACGCGCGCUUUCACGUUGGGCCCCGGGCUUACAAGUGUCCGCACUGUCCAAGAGUGUGUCAUCGUAGAAAUUUGGGAAAGCACAUUAACACUCAUACCAAGAAAUGUGUUGAGGAAUAAAAUUUGGGAAAUUCCAGAAACACAGAAAUAGAAUUGAAAUUAUCGACCCUUUUUGUCCGCUUAAGAGGAGUACGACGAAAUUUAAAUGGUUUAAUAAUAAGUUGUUGUAAUACAUAGUUCUCUAUAAGUGCUUACAUUUUAAGAGUCUGUUUUGCAUAUGGUUUUCUAGAUUCUUUAAAUGUUCAAAAGCGAUGUGGUCGUUAUUUAGAAAUUGCUUUAAAUUUGCAAUGUAUAUUAAAGCGCUUUUAACCGUCUUUAGCUCACAGGAAAGUUCAGCUACAAGAUCCGUAUCCGUGUUGCUGUUGUCAUCAAUUACGAAUACCGUAUCGCUACUAUCGAUUUCCGUUUCUAAAAACUGAUGAACAUCCAAUGGGUUUACAUCGGCUGAUUGUGCUCCUGGUUCACAUCGCGAAUUAAUGUUGUGUCUCUUGCGCCACCUUUGGAGCCAACCGUUGGAGGCUGCAAAGUCGUCAAUGCCGAGGCUCGUUGCGAGCUCCUUCGCUUUCUCUUGUAUAGCUGAACCAGAUAUUGGAGUAUUAUGCGCACUGCUAAGUUUACAGAACCAAUCGUAGCACAUGGAGUCGAGUUUUUUGCCGUCUGUAUUCAGGAAACUUCUUUUCGUAUUGAUGUUUUCACCGGACAACCAUCUCGACCGAAUUGUUUCUCUGUCGCGAACAAUGAGCGCAGCUUGUGUCUUUCCUAUGUUGAACCUGUUAACGAAUAUAUUUAUGGUUUAAUUUUUUAUCAA